AUGGAAGGCGCUGCUUCGGGCAACGAGCCCAACGACAAAGGCAAAGGCAAAGCCACUGCUGCCACUACCAAGCCGGACGAGGGUCCGGGUCGUGAGACGGGUGAAACAAAUGGCCCCGGGGCAUCGCUGCCUCGGAUGGCCCAAUCAGCGGCGACUUUCUUGCUAUCGGGGCUACCGGAAGGGGGUUUCGGCGCCAGUCAUGAAAAAGGGAACUCAUCGCGGGCCGGCGAGGCGUUGGCCAGAGCGGGCGAGAGCUCCGUCCAGCUGCGGCCUAGCGCACAAGGAAGCGCGACCAUGAGGAUGGGACAGGCGCAGGCGCACGUGGCUCAAGAGGAGGCAUCAUUUGCCGCCUUUCUGGAUAGUGGAAGCGCACCAAUGCUCUCAGAACCAAAUAGCAUGGAAGAGGCUUGGCAGUCGGCCGUUCCUCCUGAUCCGAGGCCCAGGGCCAUAGGAACAUCGGGACCGGUGCCACUCUCAGUCGCGGAACAGGAAGCAAGGGACGGUGUUGAUGUUGCCGCCUUGCUGUCUGGCGACGGUGACCUCGAUCCGGUGUUCGACCAUACCAACGAACCCCCCGCGCUGAACGACCUGGCGGGGCUGCGCGAAGCGCUCUUCGGGGAAAGGGCCGAUCAGGGCUCGUCAUCGCCGAUUUUAUGGGAUGAUGUGCUUAAUUUCAUCCCAGAGUUCCUUCGAGCGCCAGAUAACCAACUCUCAUUGCAUAUGGGUACUUCUCACAGGGACGAAGCCUGGCAGACCUGGAUUGACCAGUGGUCCCGCGUGCUUACCAGCUAUCAAGACGAGGUCUGGGGCGAUCUAAGCUCACUUGUCGAGGAGGCCCGCUCCGAGGUACAGCGGAUAGAGGAGGCGAAACCGGGUGAGAAGCCCCCUGAGCCGACGGCUUUAUUGCGGCUACGAGCCAUCCUCGGUCAUUUACGAGGACCUUAA